AGUUGUGCCUCCUUUCGGAUGUCUCUCAGCAUUCCAUGUCAGUACUAGCAGCAGUGGCUCCUCCCCAUCGGUCCCUACAUUCACCAUCAUUCAGUAGAUCAUGUUGGGCCUUUCGCACGACAAGAACGUUGAAGACUACACCCGAGCCUCUGCCGGCUGCAUAUUUCGCCAAUGCGCCCGAUGGGAUGUUGAAACCAGUUUUGAAUAAGUUGAUGGAAAUUCGAAAUGCGGGGAACCGACCAGAAUUGGCACCAUAUUUCAGCAUGGUGGACGAGAUGCUCAGUGUUAGUGAUGAAAUCGCAAAGCUGGAGCAGGAGUCCGCUAAACUGGAGAGAAAUGAUAUAUCGAUGAAGAGUAUGUUCAACGCAGAAGUAGAUUCCCAACUUGAGAAGAUAAUUGAAAUAGAGAAUCGACUCUUUGACCAUCUGCAUACUCGAAUGAGCAACGAAGGAAUUGAUUGUGCGACUUGGCACGCGUACGUCAAGGACGCCAGUGAUUGCACUGUUGAAAUCAGACCAGGAGUCGGCGGAGUAGAAGCCGGCAAAUGGUGUAAGGAUAUUUUUGAUAUGCUCGAGCGUUUUGCUGGCAUCAUGGGAUGGGCCGCGCCGGAAGUGAAAGUGAUGGAACAAGGUUGGCAAUCGGGAUACCGACAGAUCAUCGCCGAUUUCUUCCUCAAGCCAGGCGUGAAACGAACUCCCGAGAAAGGAAUCUUUGGAUAUCUCAAGUUUGAGGCGGGCAUACAUCGAGUACAACGGGUACCGUCGUGGCCAGCAGACAGCCUCCCACAGACUUCAGCAUGUAGCGUUGUUGUGCUCCCUCGUGAGGAUCCUAAUAGCAAUCUCAUACCAGUGUUGAAGCCACAUGAAUACAAAGUGUGGAUCACGAAGAAAUCCUCGGGGCCUGGGGGACAGUGUGUUAACGCGGCCCACCAGGCUGUGAGAAUUCGCCACAUUGAAAGCGGAGUUGAAGGUUUCGCUGAUUGUUAUCGCGCGUUAAAAUCAAACAAGGCGUUGGCAUUGCAACAAGUGUCGCAAAAAAUUAUGGAAGAAAAAGGAAAGAAAAUCGCGAAGGAGCGAGGGAUUAUACGGAAACAACAUAUGGGCUCCGGCGAUCGCAGUGAGAAAAUACGAUCGUAUAAUUACCUCAACGGUACCGUAGUUGAUCACAGACUGCCGAAGUCUGAAGAUGGUCCUAAUGCCCUAGAGGAGAUCAUGGAUGGCGAGGGCCUCUUGCAUGACAUAAUUGAACCACUGAGAUUGCAGGAGUAUCGUCAGCGUGUUCAGGACUAUGUCGUGUAUGAGUUGUGA